CUUCUGCUGAUGACCUGAACCUGCAAAACGAACAAACACCCUAAACCCUGCACUUGAACAGAACAUAUCUGGAGCUCUGUUGUGGAAUGAAGAGAUGGCUGCUGCUUCUGCUGCUUUGCAGUUUGCUGGGCUGAUCCUUGGAGGCAUUGGCGCGGUUGGGACUUUUGCCAUCACGGGCAUGCCCCAGUGGCGAGUGACUGCUUUCAUUGAAAGCAACGUGGUGGUUUUUGAAACCUCCUGGGAAGGCCUGUGGAUGAACUGCAUACAGCAAUCUAACAUCAGGCUGCAAUGCAAGGUGUACGACUCCCUCUUGGCCCUGCCUCCUGACCUCCAGGCUUCAAGAGGUCUGAUGUGCGCAGCUUCAGCCCUGGCGUUCCUUGCCUUUGCAGUCGCUGUCCUUGGCAUGAAGUGCACAAAGUGCACAGGGGAUGAUGACCGAAUAAAAGGGUAUAUUUUGCUGGCAGGCGGCAUCACUUUCAUUGUGACUGGCAUCGUCGUGCUCAUCCCAGUGUGCUUCGUUGCCCACAACAUCAUCCGAGACUUCUACAAUCCAGCCAUUCAACUGGCUCAGAAGCGGGAGCUUGGUGAAGCCCUCUACAUAGGCUGGACGUCUGCCUUCUGCCUCGUCGCUGGAGGAGCAAUUCUUUGCUGUUUCUGCCGUUGUGAAGAAAAAACCAGAAGCUAUCGCUACUCAGUGCCUUCACAGCGUACAGCCUUCCAGAGCCAUCGUACGCCAAGAAGAGCUGAAAGUUCGUACACUAAAAGUCAGUAUGUUUAGUCUGCCUUUGGUUUACUGUCUUUCCAAGGGAAGUAUCCCUUCUGAUCAAACUUGGAUUCCAACAAGAUUAGAAGAAACUUUGCUAGUACAGCACGCUGUGUACAAUGGAGAGAAAUCCCAGAAACUGCCUGUGACCUCUAAGACAAAGCAAGCUCUAGAACACAAGGGAACAUCUUCAGAUAUUUUAGAGCUGCAUCAGAAAUGGGAACUGAAUAUUGUCCAAGGUUUUUGUAUUUUUUUAAAAUUAGCAUCUAUUAAGGGGAAUGUGUUUUCAUUCU